AAGAGGAAACCAGAAGCUACCUUUCCCCUCUCCACAGAUAUAUUCUUUCUCUCUGAUUAAAAAAAGGGACUGAAAUUCAAACAAGCCACCGUUCAUUCCCUCCAUCUCGUGUGUUCAUCUGCCGCAAACCUCCGCUCGCCAGGGGAUAAUCGAGGCUUAGGGUCCGGGAUCCACCGGAGGAGUCGAGCUUGGAUCGGGAGGAACGCCAGGGAUGUCGGGGCCCGUCGACCGCUCCGGCAGGCCCAGUUUUGAGGGCGUCACGCUUGAUGAUGAGAAGGAAGAGAUCAAAUCUGACGAGGAUAACUCGGAAGGUGACAAGAAGGCCAAGAAGGGAUCCUUCAAGAAAAGAGCAAUCAGUGCAGGGAAUAACUUUAGGCAUUCCUUGACAAGAAAGAGCAAAAAGAAGAGCGGCAAUCUAGUCUCAAUACAGGAUGUAAGGGACGUGCAGGAGCUGCAAACUGUCGAAAGGUUCCGCCGAUGCUUGCUUGAUGGUGGCUUGUUGCCAGAACGUCAUGACGAUUAUCACAUGAUGCUAAGAUUCCUCAAAGCAAGGAAGUUCGAUAUUGAGAAAGCCAAGCAUAUGUGGUCACAAAUGCUUAGAUGGAGGAAUGAAUUUGGGGUCGACAAUAUAGAGGAAUUCAAUUACACCGAAUUAAACGAAGUUAGGAAGUAUUAUCCACAAUUUUACCAUGGAGUGGAUAAAGAGGGAAGGCCUGUGUACAUAGAAUUAAUUGGAAAAGUUAACGCCAAUAAACUAGUCAAAGUAACAACUAUUGACCGAUACAUAAAGUAUCAUGUGAAGGAGUUCGAGAGAUCUUUCGAGAUGAGGUUCCCAGCUUGCUCCAUUGCUGCAAAAAGGCACAUAGACUCGUCUACUACUAUUUUAGAUGUGCAAGGGGUGGGUUUAAAGAACUUCUCAAAAGAGGCAAGAGAACUAAUCAUGCGACUGCAGAAGAUUGACAAUGACAACUAUCCAGAGACAUUGUGCCGAUUGUACAUUAUAAAUGCUGGACAGGGCUUCAAGAUGCUAUGGGGUACAAUUAAAUCAUUUCUUGAUCCGCAAACUGCUUCGAAGAUUCAUGUUCUUGGGAGCAAGUACCAAAGUAAGCUGCUUGAAAUAAUUGAUGAGAGUCAACUGCCAGAUUUUCUUGGAGGUAAAUGCAGGUGUGAAGAGAAUGGAGGUUGCUCAAAAUCAGAUAAAGGUCCUUGGAAGGAUCCUAUUGUAAUAGAGAGGGUCAUUAACGGUGAAGCAAACUAUGGUCGACAGAUUCUUGCCAUAUCAAGCACCGACGGGAAGGCAGUUUGUUAUAAUAAGCUUCGUCACUCAGCUAAAAAAUCUAGUGAUGCCUCAGCCGAGUCUACAUCUGAAGUACAAGAUAUUACAUCUCCUGUCGCUCCAGUGGACACCAAUGCGAACUCUGAUUUGGACCUUUUCCUUGAGCCAAAGUCUCCAGCACAUGCUUCAACUUCUGGUGCUACUCCUGUUGUAGAGGAAAACAUCCCCACUGUGGAUGAUGCGUGCAACAGUCCAAUGGCCACCUCAAUGGCUUCUACACCAGGUGCUUUCUCCUUGAGAAAUAUACCUAUGACACUUGGAGUGCUACAAACCAAGAUUGUUACUUGUCUGACAGUUUUUAUUAUGAGCCUUUUUAUGGUGAUCCGUUCUGUCCCAAACAGAAUGUCCCAAAGGUUCUCAAGGCAAUCUGGGGGCUUUCCUAAAGAUUUGGAGUUUAUGGAAGGGGUCCGACCUCCAUCUCCUUCUGAACAUACCGAAAAUGGUACCCUUCUGUAUGUAUCAAGGCGGCUUCAUGAACUGGAGGAGAAGGUGCAUGCGCUCCAAGCAAAGCCAUCUCAACUGCCACUCGAAAAAGAGGAAAUGCUCAGUGCGGCUGUCCGCCGUGUGGAUGCAUUGGAAGCUGAGCUGAUUUCCACAAAGAAGGCGCUCUAUGAGACACUGAUAAGGCAGGACGAGAUGCUUGCAUAUAUUGAACGACAAAACAGUACCAAGUUUCGGAAGAAGAGGUCCUGUUUCUAAGUAUUGGAGCACAUUCCGAGCGAUCUCUUAUCGUUCAGGACGGGAUACUCUCUAUUGCAAAUUGGAUGCAUAUAUUGUUCCGGUGUAAAAUUGCUGUAAGUAUUACGAAUAGAAGUGCAGGCGAGCAUUUUGCCGCCUCUUUCAUGUUCCAGCCUUCCAGGAUUGAGUAUAUAUUGUUGAUGCUUGGAACAUGUUUGAGCUCAGAAAUACAAGGGUGUACGGUACAUAAUUCAGAAAUA